UAUCGAACCGAAGAAAUGUUCCGAUUGUUACCGCGUUUUCGUACGUUGUUAAUAAAAGCUGUAUUUAAGUAAAAUUAUUAAGCUUAGCCAACAUAAUUUAAUCAGGAAAUCUAUUCAUAAUGACUGGAGGCACCCCACCGAAACGCUCCCCGCUGUGGAUCGGCACCCAUAACGGCACUUUUCACUGUGAUGAAGUGGUCGCAUGUUUUAUGCUUAAGCAGUUAGAAGAGUUUAAAAACGCCGAGAUUUUCCGGAGCCGUGACAACAAGGCAUUGCAUGAAAAAUGUGACAUUAUAGUAGAUGUUGGAGGCGAGUAUGAUCAUGCAAAAAAAUGGUACGAUCACCACCAGCAAACCUUCAAGGAAACGUUCAAGUCCAUUCGAACGGAAGUCAGCGAGGAUUUCAACAUUAUCAGGCUAAGCAGUGCCGGUUUGAUUUACAGCCACUAUGGCGAGCGUGUCAUCCAGAGUAUCUUGCAGCGGGAAAAGGGCAUUACACUGUCACCAGAGAACCUGCAACUGGCCUUUGUCCAAAUCUACAGGAAUUUUAUCAGCGAAUUGGACGCCAUUGACAACGGAGUGCCAAUGUUUGAGGGCGGCGAGCCUAUCUACAAAAUCUCCACCCAUCUAUCCGCCCGCAUUGGCAAGCUUAAUCCUUCUUGGCAGGAAACUGGAGUUGACAUCGAAGAGCGAUUUAGACUAGCAAUGGAAACUGCUGGAAAAGAGUUUGUGGAAAACGUUGUAGAAGUUGCGUGCUCUUGGAUUGCGGCCAGGGAUCACGUACGAGAAGCUCUCAUACAGGCCAAAAACGUACAUCCCUCUGGAGAGAUUCUCGUCCUGAAGGUCUUCUGCCCCUGGAAGGCUCAUCUGGCUGAUCUCGAGAAGGAGUACCAGGUUGAAGGUGUGCCCAAGCUAAUCGUCUUUAACGACGGCAGUAGUUGGAGAGUGGCCGGAGUUCCUGUGACGCCUAGCAGCUUCCUGGGGCGCAAGUUCCUGCCAAUUCCCUGGCGUGGACUGAGAGACGAUGAUCUGAGCCAAAAGGCUGGUAUCAAAGAUCUCAUAUUUGUCCAUCACAACGGAUUUAUCGGUGGUGCCAAAACGGAAGAGGCGGCAAUGUUGUUAGCCAAGAAAGCUGUCGAGUGGGCAGAUGGGCAAUAAACGACUACUAUAUGCAAGGAA